UUGACGGGGGAGGGGGCCGCGAGCGAGCGAGCGAGCGCCGCGGCAGCAUGCGAGCUCAAACGCGGACACUUUUUUAGCAAAAAAAUAAAAUAAAAAUAAAAAAAGUCCCCCCCGGAACCACUUGUGGACACUUCACGGUGCCUCGCGAAUGAACUAGCCGACUUUCUACACCCUAGGUUUUUUUUUUUUUUUUUUUUUUUUUUUUUUUCUUCUUCUUCCGGGCGAUGACCUCCAGCAAAGACAUGAAAGCGGGCUCCGUGUUGCAGUCCGCCGGCGAGGACAGGAUGCGGGCCCCCCGGGACCAGCUGCCGCCGCCGGCCAACUCCAACAAGCCGCUCACGCCGUUCAGCAUCGAGGACAUCCUCAGCAAGCCCUCGGUCAAGAAGUCCGCCGCGUCGUCCGCCGUGUGUCCGGGAAGGCCGAGGGUCCUGGAGAAGGUGGCCGCCGCCAACGCCGCCAGGAACGGCAUCAGCACGCCGUCGUCGCCGCUGUGCGCCCUGGAGGAGCUGGCCAGCAAGACGUUCAAGGGCCUGGAGGUCAACGUCAUACAGGCGGCGGAAGGUCGGGAGCACCUGAACGCGUUCGGCCAGAGGCAAGCGUCGAAAAAGCGCCGAAAGUCGCGCACGGCCUUCACCAACCAUCAAAUCUACGAGCUGGAGAAGCGCUUUCUGUAUCAGAAAUACUUGUCCCCGGCCGACCGGGACCAGAUCGCGGGCCAGCUGGGCCUGUCCAACGCGCAGGUCAUCACCUGGUUCCAGAACCGGCGCGCCAAGCUCAAGCGCGACCUGGAGGAGAUGAAGGCCGACGUGGAGUCUCUGAAGAAGAUCACGCCGCAGACGCUCCACAAGCUCGUCGCCAUGGACAACGCGGACGAGGCUCCGGCGGGAGGGGAGCCCGGAGAAGGGGGCUCUCCGGGCGGAUCCCCGGCCAGGGGGACCCCGUCCUCCUCGCACCGGAUCUUCCCCCAGUCGCCGUCCUCGUCCCGCGGCCGGACCACCGACGAGUUCUCGGAGGACGACGAGGAGAUCGAAGUGGACGAUUGACAGCCUCCCUUUUAUUUUUAUUUUUUAUUUUUUGAAAAGAACAAAAACAAACAAAACAAAAGACAUUUAGAAAAGGGCAUUUCCAAUUCCCAAACUUUUGCACGGAUAUUGACAAAAAAAGGAGUGUUUUUCUUCUUCUUCUUCUUCUUCUUCUACUUCUUCUUCUUUGUCUUCUUCUUCUUCUUCUUCUUCUUUCCUUCGAUUUAAUUUAUUAUGGGACUUUGAAAGAGGACUUACUCUUUUAAUAAACAGUUUAAUAG